CAACUUGUUCCAAGGUAUUAUUCGAGGUAUUAUUCGAGGUAUUAUUUCGGCUAGGUUGGGUGGUGUUGCGAAGGAGGAGCUAUUGAAUCUAUCGAAUCAGUGCCUGGGCGCGGCAAGAACAACAACACACCUCAUGUAGGUACCUGCCCUAAUCACCUUGCUGCCCUUUUGCCCUUCUGGCCCUCUUCGCUCUUAAUCUUCCCUCACCCUCCCCAUCGAUUCUGUUUUUUCUCCCCUUUUACAACUUUUAUUCUUCUACUCUUCGCUUUAAUCUGUACCUAUUCAAAUCCACAUAAACGAUUUACCAAUUUCAAUCAGUCAUUUUAUUCCACAAAUUUUCGCACUCGCGUCCACUCACCGCUUAAAAGUUCUUGUAAGCUGCCCAACCCAAAUCUUUCCUCUCCGCGCCCAUCUCUGUUCCCGGUCGCAUUGCGUUUCGCAUUCGCACAUUGUGUCGCUUCGUGCAUCUCGCAGCUUCAUCCGUCACGCUACGUUAUUUGCUAACAUUUGAUGUAGAAUUUAUUAAACUUUUCUUUUAAGCAAAUAGCCAAGAUGCCCCGUGAAGGAACGCGAUCUGCCACCGGCAACUCCAAGCCGCGCGUCUUCCAGACUGUUGACACCGCGCCCGCUAUUAAGCGUACCACUAAGUCUAGGGUGAAGAAGUCGCCCACUGCCAGCACCAAGCCUGGACCUAAGGUGAAGGCUGCGAAGCCGACUGGUGUGACCAAGAAGAAGUCUACGGCACCUAAGAAGGACGGUGUCGCGACUAAGGUUAAAGCCGCUGUUAAGAAGGCAGAAGAAAAAGUAGAGAAAGUAGAAGAGAAGGUCAAGAAGACCGUAGCAAAGCCGAAGACAGCUGCUAAAUAGAUUCAUUGUCGUUCAUCACUAUCAGUUUCAGUCUAUAUGGCUUAGACCAUGGACUCGAUAGUAUGAGACGAUCACUCCAGGUUCUACCAUCUACUAGCUUCCAGUUUGAUGUACUGGGUUCCUUCUAUCGGAGACUAAGCCGAUAUAUGUCCCUACCUCUUACAGCGUCAACCCGGGUCCAACAAUUGUGUUGCUUCAAUUCCUCCGGAUUGUUGGAAUUUUCGGCAACGCAGUCUAUAACUCCAUCCCAGAUGUUUUCUCUUCCUAUUCCAUUAAUGGCCUACCUUUUUAAGCCACCUCCGAUGUAGCCACGGCCAAGCGAAUUCGCAAUACCGGUCUUCCCAAUUUCCACAGCCGAGGAUCAGUGUGGGAACUAAAUGUCGGCCUAAUAUGCGGUGGAUUUGCAAGCUCAUACAAUGAACUGAACAGUGGACUUUCGACGUUGACGGGCUAUCGAGCGUCUUGGCUCUAGGACAGGUGUUUCGGUAUGUGAUGCACAGAAUUGGGAUGGACGCAAUGCAAGUAUAUUGUUACGUAGUCCUAGUGGGAUCGCAUCAGGUUCCUAAAACUUAAUCAAUUCAAUCUAGUCUAUACAAGACCUUUUCACGUUUUAUAUGUGUUGCGUAUCCCUUGUAUUUUGCAUCGUCAUGCGUCUUUAUAUUCUUAUUAUAGUCAUGGAGCUAUUGGUUGAAGAAUAGUAUCUAAAUACUUUACAGCAAACGUUCAUCACCC